AAGUUCGGGGCAGCAGGGUGCUCACCUCCUCCCACGCACACAGCUUGCUCCCGUUGCUCCCUGCCCACACAUCAGCGUGCACGAGGGCGCGGGGCCUGCGGCCGGGCUGCAGGAUGCGGCUGCUCCUGGAGGCAGCGGUUCUGUGCCUGACCCUGUGCCUGGGGCACGGCACCGAGGAAACCACGCAGGAGAACACCGCCCAAACCUCCUACACAGAGUCCUACUUUCCAGAGUGGGGCAUCGGGGCCAUCCGGGACAGCUUCGAGACGGUUAACAGCUACUUUGACUCCUUCUUGGAACUGCUCGGGGGGAAAAAUGGCGUUUGCCAAUACAGGUGUCGAUACGGGAAGGCUCCGAUGCCAAGACCUCACUACAAGCCCCAAGAACCAAAUGGCUGCAGCUCCUAUUUUCUGGGGCUCAAGGUACCCCAAAGUCUAGACUUGGGUAUCCCUGCCAUGACGAAGUGCUGCAACCAGCUGGACGUUUGUUAUGACACCUGUGGGGCCAACAAAUACCGCUGCGAUGCCAAGUUCCGCUGGUGCCUCCAUUCCAUCUGCUCUGAUCUCAAGCGCAGCCUUGGCUUUGUCUCCAAGGUGGAAGCCUGCGAGUCUGUUGCAGACACAGUGUUCAAUGCUGUCUGGACCCUGGGCUGCCGGCCCUUCAUGAACAGCCAGCGGAGCGCCUGCAUUUGCAGCGAGGAAGAGCGAGAUGAGCUAUGAAGCAGAGCAGAUCCCCCUGGCCUCCACGAGCCCCUGCCAACGCUCCCUCUCACACACGGCGCUUCAUCUCAGUGACUUCCAGCGGCCCUCUGGCCAAGCAUGGGACACGGGGACCUCGGCCAAGCAACACUCAUCGGCUGCAGCUUUGGAGCAGAAGGCAGGAAAAGGGGAGGCAGCCUGUGCAAGUAGGGCAGCGAUGCCUGCUGUCCUCCGCAGCUGCAGGUACACUGCCCUAUCCCUUUCCAGCUCUAUCAGAAUGAUCUGAUGCCAAUUUUCUCCGCGGACUGAUCUGGAAAGGCAAGCAGGAUACAGUGCUGGUUAUAAACAAGGGGCUUUACUUGUUUGUUUGCCACUCUGCUAGCUUCCCCUGCCCCUUAACUUUCUCAUUUGCAGUGCGAGGCAUUAGGCUUCUGCAGCCUCUGACAAUCUCAGCCUGUGGCCACACUAUUUACGUUUUUCCAUCUCUGGAGACUGAAGGAGAGGAGUGAUUUGCUCUCAGUGCGAUGCUCACACGUACCCCUCACAUUUUCUAUUCUGUCAAUACACACUCUGACUACCCUGCUUAUUUAACACUUGGUGGAUCCUGAAACAAUGUAAAACACCCAGGGGUUUGGGAACAUGAGAAGGACUCGGCCUGUUUGUGAUACUGGUGUGUUUCAUAUCUGGGCAGAAGAGGACCAAACCCCAUCACAUCUCAGAUGUGCAAAGCACUAAUCCACAGCUACUCUUACACACCUACAGCACUCUCACGUGUUCUCAGGAGAGGAAGCUGCUUUUUUUCUUCAGUGACAUCCAGACUGUAUCAUUUAAUUAUUUUCUUCCUGUAUCUUCUUUUCCUUUUGGAUCUCUGUUAACACUAAAUGGCUGAGUACCCAUCUCCAUCUUUCACACAAAGGACACACAACGCUCACAGUUGCCUUGGAUGAGAUUUUCCAAACCCUGGAGGCUUAUCUGUCAGAUGGCAGGGCUUACUUGCUAUCUUGGUGGGGGCAGAGACACUGCCAGCUGAGAGCAGUCAUCUCAGAAGGCAUUCUUUUAAACAUGGUUAACACUUCCAUCUGCUAUUGGGAGCUUUUAUUGUGUGUAAAAUGAGAAUUUAAGGUGGUAUGCAGAAUUUCAUCAACAUAUAACAUUUGCAGACCUUU